AUGGCAAGCGAACCAUCACCAAUCGAAUCAUGUCCCGCGCGCAAGAGAAUCUCUACAGCCUGCGAGGCAUGUCGCGCAGCAAAGAUUAAAUGCCAACCAAGUGAACAACCCGGAGUCUGUCGCAACGCUAUAGAAACCCAUGAACCACCUGCACCACCUCCCCCAGCACCCUCAAAGACUUUCACUAUUGACUUUGAAGUUUCUACCCAAACAGAAGUAGAUGACAACUUUGACAACCUGCGCGACACUCAUGCUCAAUUCAUGGACUCGAUGUUCCCUUUGGAUGGCGAUACAGAUCUCGGUAGUCUUGAGGACUCACCUCUCACUGGCUUUCCUACGCCUUCGUCGUCUCAUACGCAUUCGAUACAGUCUCUACAUGCAAAACCUCAAUUCAACCUCGAUUCGGCCGAGUCAUUGCUGGCUUCAUUUAGAAGAAUGCUAGUCCAUUACCCUUGUAUUGUGUUAAUGCCAGAAGAGACAGUGGCAAGUCUUGCUGCAACGAAGCCUUUUGUUCUGUUGGCUAUUUUGGCUGCUGCUUCUGGGUCGCGGACUUUACAAGGACACACUCUCUAUGAUGAAGAGUUCCGUAAAGUUCUGGGCCUCAAGUUUGUCGCCGGUGGUGAGAGGAGUAUGAACUUGCUACAAGGCAUCUUGAUAUACUGCGCUUGGUAUCCAUUCCAUCUCAGACCAAAGAACAGACAAGCUUUCCAAUAUUAUCGCAUGGCCGGCGAUCUCAUAACUGAUCUCGAACUCGACCAAGAACCAGCCCAUCUUGGUGAUAUAAUCCCUGGGGAAAUGAGCAGUGCGCAGCUCGACCGGCCACGGGUGUAUCUGGCAUACUACUACGCCGUGUCAAAGUAUGUCCUCCAAGAAACGCACCGGGGCCAGAUCACUCACAGAUCCGACAGCUUCAUGUACAUGUUCAAGAAGAAGGACCUGAUUCCCGCGUGGACAACCUGGGCAGAUGCUUGCUGUAACAUUUUGCAACGACAUGCCGAGGUUGAUGGAGAUGUUUCGUUGAGUUAUCUCGCCAGGCUGGCGAACAUGACUAAUACCGCGAAUAAUUCUAUACGCGACAAUGAUCCUCAGGUGAAUCAGCAGGUUCAGCUCGUGCUGCUUGGGCUGGAGACCCAGCAUAGAGAGAUGAAGGAAGUUAUGGUGCCGCAUCUUUCGCGCUCUGCACCCGUGAAACUUGCUUCUCUAUUCUUUGAAAUCUUUCUCCAAGGUGGUCCCAUAUUCUACCUCACACGCAUCAACACAAAAAGGCCUAGCUUCGUCGACCCAUCGCCAACCCGCCUCGUUCGCUGCGUGAACAACAUCCGCACUCUCUUUGACCACCUCAUGAACCUCGAUAACUUUACGUGUUUCACCAGCGUUGACUGGACAAAGUUCAUUCUAUGUGUCAUCCUCGCAGUCUGUCUCUCAUUCCCCAUCGCUGACGUUCCAGACUGGGACCAUGCAUGGGCACGCUCACAGCUACGUUUCGACGAGUUUCUCGAAACUAUGACUGAGGGCCCUGAAGACCUCACACCGGCGAGUAAGCGUGUGGAUAUUCUUUCUGCGAGCCGCGUUAUCCUGCAAGUACUCAAGACGAAAUACAACCGACGUGUCGCCAUACUUACAGCACCAGUUUUGAACGAGCCUCUGGGACAUCAAGGGUGUCCCAUGUUUGAUAAAGACAUGCAACCUUACUUAACAGCGUGGGACGCGGGCUUUGACGCCCAAUCUGUACUCCCCACACCGAAUAUCAACACCGAAGGACAACAGCCCAUGUAUCAUGACCUCUGGGCGACCAUGACUAUGAGCUGGGCGAAUGAUGCUGACACAAUGGGGUCUUGA